GAAUGCAGUUGGACGGAACAUGAUAAUGUUUAUGGUUUGGAAGUGGGGGGAGGGGGUGUGUGUGUGUCGCUUCGGUCCGGCUCAGUCGCACCCCCCUCUCCUAAUCACUUAAAGGAUAAGCUCGGGGGGGGGGCCGGCGGAGGUCCAACGGCGUCUUAACCUACCUACCUAUCUUCCUGGACUCUGGACGUUGACAAGUAGCAUCUACAUGUCCAUCACCUCCAGCCGAAAGCGACAGGUCGCAAUCUCACGCACCUCCUCCUCCUCCUCCUCAAGCAGGAUAUCGGAUGGUCAAAAGUGUAAAUUCUCCCCUCGUUUGAACCGUCCUCGGGCUUCAUCAACAGACGCCGUACCCCGGCUCUCCCCGUGCCGGCCAGGCCUUGACCAGGCGUUGCGAUUGGCGAACAGGGGUGUACGGAAUGCUCCUACCGGUAGUCCUCGGCGGGUGUGUCCGUCUGGGGUUUGGAUGAUUUGGAUCUAAGCCAUAAAAGGGGAGGGAGGGUGGAUGGGAUGCUGGUCAUGCUUGAGCCAGGAUCG